CUAUUUUGUUAACAUUGAUUAUUAUAAUGAGGUUAUACAUCCAUUUUCAAUCACCAGGAGAUGAUUGUGAUGGCUAAACUACAACUUCAGGUUAGUCAAUUCUAGCUACUGAUUGUGGCGGUCAAGCAGCCGAGGUGAGAUACUGCGCAGCAUCACUGCGGUGAAGCGAACCAGAGAAGAUGUGGUAGCGCUCAACCUCAGGAUCGCUUUGCUUUUUGUCUGUCUGCCUAUUUAUCUGCGCAACAAAACUCGCAUCUCCGGGUAAACUGAUUGACAGACAGCUUGCGAGGAGGAGUCGCCAACAUCAUCAGCAUCAUCAUCAUUAUCAUCACAGCGGCCUCUGCAGCGAGGGCGGAGGAGAGGAGACGAGAGAAAGAAGAUAAGUUUUCUGCCCUUUGUUUUGGUUUUGACCGCGGGGGAAAGCAGUAACUCGGAGAUGCACCUGCUAUUGUCCCUCGCGGUGCUGUGCCUCGGUGCGGCUGUGCUUCGGCAGGUGAACGGGGAUGAAUGUGAACCUGUGUCAUGUGAGGGUGAUGCAGACUGUUUCACCCCCCAGUUAGAGGAGGCGCUACUCUUAUCCACGCCAGACUGGGAGGAGCUGAUUACAGCAGGUCCGUGCCAGCCCAACCCAUGCCACCAUGGGGGUGUGUGUGAGACCACUAAUGCCCAACGAGGUGAUGCCUUCCUGGGGUACCACUGUCACUGCUCCCCUGGCUACUCUGGAGCCCACUGCCAACACAAUGUGAAUGAGUGUGAGAGUGGGCCGUGCAGGAACGGAGGUGUGUGUACAGACCGGGAGGCCAACUACACGUGUGUGUGUCCUGGAGAAUACACGGGCAGGACCUGCCAGCACAAGUGUUCAGGUCCUCUGGGCAUGGAGGGUGGUAUCAUCACCAAGGGGCAGCUGUCCUCCUCCUCUGCUCAGCGGGGCAUGUUUGGUUUGCAGCACUGGAGCCCUGACCUGGCCCGGCUCCACCGCAGGGGCAUGGUUAAUGCCUGGAGCCCUGCACUCAGCGACCGCUGGCCCUGGAUACAGGUGAACCUGCGGCAGCAGAUGCGUGUGACGGGGCUGAUUACCCAGGGUGCUCGGCGGCUGGGCAGCUCAGAGUAUGUGAAGUCCUAUAAGAUCGCCCACAGCGACGACGCUAGGACCUGGAGCAUGGUGAAAACCAGAGGAGACACACAGGACAUGAUAUUCCACGGUAACUCAGACAGCAGUUCUCUCAUGGCCAACACCUUCUCUUCACCAAUUGAAGCACAGUACAUACGGGUUUACCCUCAGGUCUGCUGGGGCCAUUGUAUGCUGCGCAUGGAGCUGAUGGGCUGCGAGCUCACAGGCUGUUCAGAGCCUCUGGGUCUAAAGGGGGGUCAGGUGCAGGACUCCCAGCUGACCUCGUCCUCUGUGUACCGGACCCUGGGCAUGGGUCUGCUGGCCUGGACCCCGAACAGAGCCAGACUGGACAACCAGGCCAAGGUCAACGCAUGGACCGCAGCCACCAAUGACCAAAACCAGUGGAUACAGGUAGACCUGUUGGUUCCUACUAAGGUAACAGGUGUAGUGACUCAGGGAGCUAAGGACUUUGGCCGUGUCCAGUUUGUGCGCUCCUACAAACUAGCCUACAGCAACGAUGGACAGAGGUGGACGACAUACCAGGACGAAACACAACACAAGGACAAGGUGUUCCAGGGGAACGUUGAAAAUGACACCCACAGGAAGAACUCCGUCCAGCCGCCCAUAUAUGGUCGUUUCCUCCGCCUCAUCCCCUGGUCCUGGUACGGACGCAUCACACUGAGGAUGGAGCUUCUGGGCUGCACAGAGGACGACUGACCAUCUCUCUCUCUCACCCUCUCUCUUAUCCCUCUGUCUCUCCCUCUCUCUCUUCUCCCUCUUUCUCUUUCUCUCUCACCUAGCUCUCUCUUCUCCCUCUGCCUCUUUCUCUCUCACCUAGCUCUCUCUUUCCCCUCUCUCGCUCUUUCCCUGUCCUGCUUCUGUUUCUCUCCCCUUUCUCCAUCUCUCCAUCUCCCAUCUCUAUCGCUCUUCUCCCUUCUUCCAUCUCGCUCUCACUUGACCUCUUCUCCACCCCCCCACCCCCCUCUUUCCCUCUUGCUGGAAGUAGCAGUGUGGACAGUGGUCAUAAGAGACACCGGGAAAGAAAAUGGGACGUAGAGGUCACAAUAGGUGACUGGUUUACCGUGUGUUAUUUAUUUCUUGGAUUAUAAGGUACUGUACUUCUGCUCUUCGAUGUUUUUGCUAUAUCGUACUCCUGUGUGAUAGCAUUUCCAACAGCAGUGUAGUGUCAAAACAAUACAGGGUUAAUAACGUCUCCGUGACCAACCUUUGACCCUUCCAUCCAACCGUUUCUGAGGGCGAAACAGCCCUCUCGAAGCACAAAGCUCCCCUAAAUAACGAUAACAUUUGAAAGGCGUUUUACAGACAUUGUAACAGGGAAGUUACAACGUUAUUCACACUACAUUGCGAGGAAUAAGGUAUUUUAAUGCUGUUGAAGAGAUAGAAAAUGUCACCCAAAGUGUGCUCUCUACUGUACAAUAACCUCUGAUAUGGUAUUCGUUGAUACUGGUUGAACACAAUAUUGAUGGUUGUAACAUAAUUCUUUAGCUGAUAUGGUGCAACAAGCCACUUUCUGUGUAGUAAAACAAGUGACAUAAUA